AUGCCCGCGGUGAGGGUAGCCUCUGCGCGCACGCGCCUCACUCACUGGAGUAAGGGUAGCAGCAGCUUUUCCGUCUCUUCCAUUGGCACACGCGGAGAGGACGACACGUCCAAGAUGAAUGGUCACGUGAAUGGGAUUGGGAAGCCUCUAUAUUUCGACCAACAAGCCGAUCCACGAUACGAGACCUACGACGACUACGAAUCCAGCACGUCCAGUUCGGCGCAGUAUCSCACCUCGAAACCACUGCCUCCUGCGCCUCCCAACGGCCAAACAGAGGGCGGACACUACGACGGCUUUGACUUCUCCUCGCCCACCUCCGACGAACCAACGACCAACGGCCACUUUGACGAUUUUGCAUUCCAGCCGCCCAUGGUGGACGACAUUCGCCUAGACACAAGCCGGGAAACUGGGCAGGAUGCCGUGGGACGGCACUUGCUAUACGAGACGGCCCUUCUCGACACGCAGGCGUACGAGGUACUAGACAUCAACGAGGUUGACGAGCUAAAGAAAGAACAUGCACGACUGCAAUCACGAAUAGAGGCCGCGAAUCGCAAACUUGCCCUGGAGAGCAAGGUAAAGGAUGCCGCCCACAAUUUGCACAGGCUGUACUCGGCCAGCAAGAGACCGGAUACCCCGCAGAGUCCAAAUGACCCACGAAACGGCAGCAACACUCUUGGGGGCGGUCGAAGAAGGAAUGGGAGCGGGUCUAGUCACGGGGGAGACACGCUGCACCAGGCGGAGGAGGAGCUAGYGCAGAGUAUCAAGUCGGUCGACGAGUUGAAUGAGCAGAUCAAGACACUGUUGGAGAGGAGUCAGACUGUGGAGAGAAAGCUGCUUAGGCAUACCGCGGCGGUGCUCGCGCAGCAGGCCAGUCAGGCAGCGGAGAUCAGCACGGCGCGACCUACGAAUGGCCUGCGCCAUCUUUCAAGCGACGAUGUGAUAGGCUACGCACCGACCGAUUUUGACGGCAUACGGGACAUCCUCCGCGGUAUGCCAGACGCAGCUGCCACAUCGGGCGACGUGCAAAAGAUCCAAGACGAGAACGAGCAACAUUUGGUCGAUAUGCAGGACCGUCUUGAGCAACUUAACGCCCAACUACGGGGUGUUAUCGUCGAGGCCAGCCAGAAUCGUGGCGUGCAACCCGCACCGGAGCCGCAAAUAAGAUCGUCAGACGAUGUCAAAGAUCGUAUUGAAAGCAUGCUUGCGGCGCUAGAGCGCAAUGUUCGCGCAGCUGAGCAGGAGCAGAAAAACAGCACAUCCCAUCAUGCUGUCGAGAGUCGUAUGGGAGAUUUGAAUUCCCAGCUGUAUCACAUCAUGCUCACUUCUCCCGACUCGGAAGUGGUCAGGGAGCUUGAUGAGCCACCAGAGGUCACAGGUAAUGGCUACGAGCAUCAGCUGCAUUAUCUACAAGAGAGCGUGCUCACCAUGGACAAAAUCAUACGGCAACACAAAGAGGAUCUGCAGAAUGCAAAUGCGGCGAGCGGUGGGGCAUUUGCAGCAAUCGACGCUGCACAGUCCGAAGCCUCUGCUAAAGCGCUGAAAGCGGCCGAAAUCGAGACUGUCAUCGCAGGCCUUUGGGAACUUGUAGAGUCCGAAGGAUCGUCCGCUCCGCGCGAAAAUGACGCCGUGUCCCCAAUCACGCCCAUCCGGGAAGACUUUUCUCUGCAAGCGUUCAGCGCGCGGGUGCAGCAUCUCUGCGACGUCGCCAGAGGAUCCAAAGAGCAGCAGGACAUCCUGCGCCGACAGAUCCAGCAGCAACGAGACCUCAACGGAAAAUCAGACAUGGAGAAACACCGGGAGCUAGAUGAGCUUCAGACUCGCUUCGAACAGCUCACAGCUGCAUACGAUGCCACCCAGGUUGACCUCGCAACUAGCAUGGCCAGUAAUGAGCAAGCUGAGCGAGAGGUUAUCGAGUCUCGGGGCGAGAUGCAAAAUGUGAUGAACGAGCUCGAACAGAUGCGAAAAGCCUUUGACGAGAAUCAAGCAAAGCAAAAAGACGCAGAUUCUCGACAUGCGCAAUGGUCGGCUGAAAGGUCUACCGCCGAACAAGCACACGCAGACCUUCGAACCGAGAUGGAGAGCCUGGAGUCCGAGGUCGUUCGUCUUACCACUGAGCUUACAAUGGCAAAGGCCGAUCUUGACGGCGCAUACGGUACACGGCAAGAGCGUAAGAAGGAGGCUGGUGUCGCUGCGCAAGACAUGGAGGCGCUUGAGAAACUCRAGGAUCAAGAGAUCGAAGCGUUGCGUAAGAAUCAAGCCGAUCGCACAAAGUUACUUGAGACGGAACUGCAAGACAUGAUGGAAGAAUUCCAAGCCAUGACAAGAGAGAGCUUAGAGCUUGAAAAGGAGCGUGCCCAGCUCGAGGGUCUCAUCGAUGGACUGAGAGAAAGGGUUGAUCAGCUUGAGCAACAGCUUGCAGACGAGAGGGUGCAAGCCAUUGGUGUCAAGCCAUCUGGUGGUAAUACGGACCCGUCGCCGAAGGAGAGCACAAGCGUCAUGGUCUUGAGACAGGAGUUCAAGAGGAUGAUGAGAGAGGCGCGAGGGGAAGGCAUACGUGCUUUGAGGAUCGAACAGGAAGAACGCCGCAAAGUCGAGGCGGACCUCCGACGGUAUCGUCAGGCGGCCGGUCCCCUUGGGAAACAAGGCCUCGUCACGGCUCCCAGUCCGAGAAGUGCACACAGUCGCACAGGGACUCUUGCUAGUAGCAGCGGCAAUCGGGAGAGUGCUCAGACUCUUACUCCCGUCACCAAUCUUUAUGCAGCUCCGCAGUCGGCUACAGCAGGUUGA